AUGCUGGAAAUCAUAAACACAAGUGAGUUAAGUAAACAACGGAGAAAGUUGCCGUCCAGAUUUAGACUUGAUGAUGUUCCAGAAGCGAAAAAUAUCUUAAUAACUAUGGUUGGAUUUUUCGAAGAACCUGAUGAGUAUACAGAGUAUGGAGAUGAAAGUAUUGUUGAACAAGAAUCAAAAACAGUUUGGUUGGAAAGAGUUGAAUCGAUAUCACAAAAAUUUCAUGACAACAACAAUUACUGGUCCAAUAAACUCGAAAAUAUUGAUAAGAUGAAAAAUCCUAGCAGAGAUACUGUACAAAACACAGAAAGACAAACAAAUUCAUCUAGAACUACUACUUUGAACUCUGACAGAAAGAUAAAACCAUCACGUCUUCAAGAUUCUAGCAAUGGCAGCAACAACGGCAGUGGACAAGUGAAGUUAACAAAGACUGAAUCGACAGAUUACCAUACAAAGUCCGGUGAUAGAUUUUCGAAGCUUGCUAACACUUCUAAGAUGAAUUCAAUUCCAUUUAAGCAGACGACAUCUUAUCGUAGUUCAAGAAUAAAGUAAUAACAGUAAUAAGCUUUGACAUGUUUUCAUUCUUUUUGUAAAAAGAUAUUUAGGGUCAUUUUCGGCUUUUGGAACAAAAUAAUUUUACGCUACCAGCCUAACAAACAGUAAAUAAUAAAUAUGCUUCAUAUGAGGUAGUGAAAAAGGGUCUUUAUUGAGUGUUAAUAAAC